AUGCAGUCAUACAAAACGCACAGAAAGACCAACCACUGACAGGGCUAGGACGAUAAGUUAAACUCUGUCGAAACAGCUUAGACCAGAAUAUGGCUGAGGACGUGAUUUACGCGAUGCCCAACAUGAUGACCAAGGCCAGGUACACACAAGGAGAGAGAGAGGAGAGGAUAGUGGACAUCUACGCUAACCUGGAGAGCCUCAGAGAUCCACACCAGGACUCUGUGGGGACAGAGGAGUCCUCCAAGUCUCUGGGAACAGGAAGAAGUCAGCGGCCGGACGCUGUGAGCCCUCCUCGGUGUCCUAUCAGGGCUGUGGUGGUGCUUCUGGGCCUGCUGUCUGUUGUCCUGCUGGCUGGACUGCUUGGGCUGGCCGUUAAAUACAAGACCGACAUGGAGAAGACUGUAAUGGAGAAGAAUGUAAGCAUGGACAGAGACAUGGAGCAACUUCUUCUAACGCUGAAGAAUCUGACGGAACAGAGAGACGCACUGCUCUGUAAACAGGAAUGUCCAGAUGGUUGGGUAAAGUUUGGUUGUAAAUGUUACAUGAUUUCCAUCAAGUGGCAAUCCUGGAAUAAGAGCAGGGAGUUCUGUGUUUCCCACAGAGCAGAUCUGGUGGUUGUGGACAGUAAAGAGGAGAUGGACUUUAUUAGCAGGUACGGCACAUUCUUCUGGCUAGGAGCGACAGAUGCGGCCAGUGAAGGGUUGUGGAGAUGGGUUGAUGGGACCGUCCUGUUACUGGAUGACCCCUCCUGGAGCGGAGGGGAACCUCAAGGGGGUGAGGACAAGAACUGCUUAAAGAUUAUCAAGAAGCAGAAACAAUAUAAUUGGACAGAUGAGAGCUGUGAUACCAUUACCUUGGGGCUUUGUGAACUAAAUUUUAUAAAAUGAUUGAAAACAUUUAUUUAUGACUAUUUUUUAUAUCUUGAUGCCAACAUACAUCGGCUGUUUCGUUUCAUACUUGUUGGGUUCAUUCAUUCUCGAUAAGAGCUGUGAUUGGCUGCAAGUAGUUCCUUAAAAGGAGAUAUUGUGAAUACUACACUGCACUGCAGGAGCUGUACACAGAUGCUGCUCUUGUUACUUUAUUUUUUCAAUGUUUCCUCAGUUGCUCUUGGUGUUAGCGGCUGAGGUUAGGAGGUGAAGAGUCUAUGUUUAAUUGUAUCUUGACUUUGGUACCAUGUAGUGUGAUCACUAUAAAACACUUGUAAACUAAUUAUCUAGUUGCUCUACAAUGUUCAGAGGGAACAGUACACUUGGGUCCUGGUGUCUUGUGGGUCUGCACUGACUGUUUUAGCGGCUAAACAUUGAAAUUAUCUUUGAUUUGCUUUUUGACUGAAGGUUUCUUUUGUUAAUCCACUAGUUCUUCAGGUUUAAUCAUUUUAAUUGCAGUGUUUUCCACCCAUUUUGCCAGUUAUAUAUGUUAAUCAUUGGUACCAAACUUUAUAUAAUAUGUCACUCAAAAUAAAUUGUAUA